AUGACUGUCUCAGCAAACGAGGACACAAUCACACAGUCCACUGUCUUUGUUAGAUGCGCGCCUGUUUCAGCACAGUUCACAAACUCCCUCGAACACAACGUCCGGCCCACUUAUCGAAGAGAGAAAAUACCUGAACCCGCCAAGUCCGCUCCCAAGAAGGGCUCCAAGAAAGCUGUGACCAAGACCGCCGGCAAGGGCGGCAAGAAGAAGAGAAAGACCAGGAAGGAGAGCUACGCCGUCUACGUGUACAAGGUGCUGAAGCAGGUCCACCCCGACACCGGGAUCUCCUCCAAGGCCAUGAGCAUCAUGAACUCGUUUGUCAACGACAUCUUCCUUACUUUUUAG